GACGCCAGGACAUCUGAGAGGAGAGCGAGUGCGGAGAGUUACGGACACGGGAAAAAAAGGAAAAAAAACUACUUUAUGUCCGAGAUUUUUUUUUAAAAUAGGGAGAAAGAUUAGGGGAAGCUCUCCAGUUUCUUAAAGAGGAAUGUCUUCUGUUAUGGCGUCUGUUGUCAAAUACGUCUUUUUAAAAUAUAUGUGGUAAAACGAAGCGUUAUUCCUGGGCGUUUGAACAAAGAAGACGCAGUUAAUGUCGGAGCAGAUGCAGACGUUGUAGGUAAAUCAUGGUUACUAUAUUUGCUAAGUGUUGCAUAGUUUGUGAGAUAGUCCAGAAUGAAUAGGCCAUCAUUGUGCUCCGCCUGGGAGAGGGAAGGGGGGGAAACGCAAAAGUGGCCUUUAUUGUAGAGGCAAAGCGGGGUGUUUCUAAAGCCAUCCGGCUUUUUUCCUGAAGUUGUUCCGAAGUUUGCCGAGCGGUCGGCGUCCUUGUUGCGGCCGCGCGCCGGGAUCGUGAGGCUCGAGCUCGCCCGGCCGCUGGUUACUUUACUUCAGUUUAACGGUCGCCGGAGCGAAGCUAAAACGGGCGGCCGGCGAUCGCCUCUAAAUGCAGUCCUGUCCGUUUACAGCAGCCGCGUAUUUCGGGCUGCGUGGCUGAUUUCGGGCGGUCAGACGUUAUUAGUGUUAUUGUUGUUAUUAUUGGAUGGCGGCGAAGAUGCGACCUCGGCGUAAUGGCUCGGGAGUUCAUGCCUCCCCGUUUUACAUGGGAGGGGGUUGCUGUUGCUCGGCUCCCAUUGUGCUUUCGUCCGCACCGUGGGGUUUGCGCUUGGCUGCUCGCUCGUCCGGGCCCCGUGUUUUCGAGGAACCCUUCCGCAGGCUUUUGUGUGUCUUUGCUCGUCAGUAUUGACUCCUUUGCGCCGGUGUAUGGAUGCCCGCCAGUCGUGUGUAUAUCCAUACGGCCACAAGAUAUCGGAGUGGUCAAGUUUCCCUGGUUAGUGUAGUGCUAAUUAAACUCCAGUGAAGUCCUUGCAGUUUAUUGUAAGACGCUUUCCUUUUAGGUAGGACUAUAGUUGUAUAUAGGUUUCAGGGGAAACAGGUCAACUAAAAGACUCAUCAGUCCUUCCAGAUCUUGCCAAGAAAUUAAGAUUAAUUUUAACUGCUAAUGUAUAUUUGUGUGUGUGUGUGUGUGUGUGUGUGUGUGUGUGUAUAAGGUUCCUAUUGGACCACCCAAACCAAUUAAUAUUGUCUUCGAACUAGUUUUGAUAUAGUGGUCAACUUGUUUUGUCACAUGCUUUUUUUGUGCUUAAAAUUCUCCACUUCCGAACCCACAGUUAACUUUUUAGUGAAAGUGCAUCUGCAAGUAGUGGAGACUGACAACUUUGGCGUAUGGAAAGUAUCCACCCAAGAAUCAUCCACCCGCUACUUCUAUGUACCUGUAUUAUCUUCACAUACAUUGAUUAAAUGGUAAAUUGCGAAUUUCCAAGUGCUCUAAUGGGAAUAUGAGCGUGCUGAGUGCAUAAGAGGGGAUGCAGGAUACCAGCUUGUACGGUGUUUGUUCUGGUGGUCAUGAGGGCGAUUAGACUGAUAGGUAGGAUGGUGUGUUUAACAUUACAUCACGUGGAGGCAGAAUGUAACCUCACGAUAGUGCUUUUCAUUUGGCUGGUGGUUGACUAGGUCUACUUUUGGCUACAUGGGUCAUGGGGCCCAUCAACAGACGACAGUGGAGGUGUGGCAUGCCGGCGGGUUUUUUUUGGUUAUCGCUUCCCUUUCUUCUCACCAAAGAUGUGCUUGUCUCCAUAUGGCAGCUGCGGGUUCUUUAGUUUGUCACGUCAGCGUUACAAUAAGUGAGGUGACCGCAGGGGUUGUGCGAACCUUGCCUGUAAGAGUCAUAGGACAGUGGGUGACUGGGGUGUGACACGCAGACCUCGGUGGAAUGCACGGGACCACAUUCUGCCACCUGAGCGUGCUCAGCCAGCUGUCCUUUUUCCAGUGUUCUGCACUCCUUCUGUUGGGUGAGGAGGUUUUUUUGUUUUUUUUUUGUUUGUGUUUUUUUUUUUUUUUGAAUGCUCUGGAGCCAUUGCGGUCACCCUCUCCGCGCACGGGCAGCCUACGCCGCCCCCCUGCCAGGCCUUGCUGUUCAGCCCUGGAGCUGCCCUUCCUGGCACAGCCAUCCCACGGCAACAUCCCAUUCGCUCCCAGCCUUCCUGAGCACCAGCAGCUGCUUCCUGACUCGGUUUCCUGUCCUUGGUGCUGCUAGGCUACCACCAGCUCCCCUCCCCUUCCCCCCCUCCUUCUCCCCCCUCCCUGAUCCCCAAUACUGUCUCACCCCCACCCCACACACCGCCGCUAAGGACAGAGUGGGUCUAUUGAGAUCCGUCCCUUCCCCUCGUUGCUGCGACCCAGCGCUAUGACCUCGAUGUCCAGCCUCUUCUCCUUCACCAGCCCGGCCGUGAAGCGCCUCUUGGGCUGGAAGCAGGGCGACGAGGAGGAGAAAUGGGCCGAGAAGGCGGUGGACGCCCUGGUGAAGAAGCUGAAGAAGAAGAAGGGGGCCAUGGAGGACCUGGAGAAGGCCCUGAGCAGCCCGGGGCAGCCGAGCAAGUGCGUGACCAUCCCGCGCUCGCUAGACGGCCGGCUGCAGGUGUCGCACCGCAAGGGCCUGCCGCACGUCAUCUACUGCCGGGUAUGGCGCUGGCCCGACCUGCAGUCACACCACGAGCUCAAGCCCCUGGAAGUGUGCGAGUACCCCUUCGGCUCUAAGCAGAAGGAGGUCUGCAUCAACCCCUAUCACUACAAGCGUGUGGAGAGCCCAGUGUUGCCCCCUGUGUUGGUGCCACGCCACAGUGAGUUCAACCCCCAGCACAGUCUGCUGGUGCAGUUCCGGAACCUGAGUCACAACGAACCCCACAUGCCGCUCAACGCCACCUUCCCAGAGUCCUUUCAGCAACAUGUCUCGCCCAACUCUCCUUACCCACCUUCCCCGGCCUCCAGCGGUACCUAUCCCAGCUCCCCCGCCAGCUCUGGACCAUCUAGUCCUUUCCAGCUGCCAGCUGACACCCCACCCCCCGCCUACAUGCCCCCUGAGGAGCAGAUGGGCCAGGACAACUCCCAGUCCAUGGAGACGGGGAGCAGCAUGGUGCCCCAGAACAUGCCCAGAGGAGACGUGCAGCCUGUGGAAUACCAAGAGCCUGUUCACUGGUGUUCCAUCGUCUACUACGAGCUGAACAACCGCGUGGGUGAGGCGUACCACGCCUCCUCCACCAGUGUGCUGGUGGACGGUUUCACCGACCCGUCCAACAACAAGAACCGCUUUUGCCUGGGUCUGCUGUCCAACGUCAACCGCAACUCCACCAUCGAGAACACCCGCCGUCACAUUGGCAAAGGGGUACACCUGUACUAUGUAGGAGGUGAGGUCUACGCCGAGUGCUUAAGCGACACCAGCAUCUUCGUGCAGAGCCGCAACUGCAACUACCACCACGGCUUCCACCCCACCACCGUCUGCAAGAUCCCCAGCGGCUGCAGCCUCAAGAUCUUCAACAACCAGGAGUUUGCUCAGCUGCUGGCCCAGUCAGUUAACCACGGCUUCGAGGCCGUCUACGAGCUAACCAAGAUGUGCACCAUCCGCAUGAGCUUUGUCAAGGGCUGGGGAGCAGAGUAUCACCGUCAAGAUGUCACCAGCACCCCCUGCUGGAUAGAAGUGCACCUGCAUGGGCCCCUCCAGUGGCUAGAUAAAGUACUUACACAAAUGGGCUCUCCCCUAAACCCCAUCUCAUCUGUUUCCUAAUGAUGGCUUCUUCAUGGGUUGGGUUUUUUUUUUAUUUUUGUUUUAAUUUUACAAUGUUUUGAAUAUGAGUCUUUAAGGCUGAACUGUUUACACUACAUGCAGAAGGGAUCUGUCACCCUCUAGUGGCCAGAGAGGCAUGUAGCAAGACUACAGGUAAAUCUUGGCAGCAGAAAACUUAACACAGUGACACAGGAUGGAUGAACUGCCGCAUCAGUAAACAAACUUAUCACCGUCUGCAUCUUAUCAGAGCAAAACGUUAACAGAUUUAUUUUUUUUGCAUUUGUUUUUGUAUGAGCUCUAUCAGUCUUUCAGUAGGUUGUUUAGUAGUUUAAAACAACUGAAAUUGCAUAGUUUGGGUUCAUGUAUCCCCCAUCCUUCACCAGCCAUUUUCCCCCCUUUUCUUUUAUGAGAACUUUUACUUAUUUUGUCUAAUCCCCACUGUCAGUGGCGUAGGUGUAGUUACUGUUAGACUCAAAAUCCACAACAAACUUGUGUUUUUUCCCCCUCGAUCCAGUUGCUUUGAAGCAGGACACUAAAUACUAAGCAAUUGCUUCAUUUAAAUAAAGUCUCUAAAAACCACACGUUUCAGCUCCACAACAUAUGGUCAGUGUUUUGAAAUAACUUUCACCAUUUGUUCUUAUACUUUAAGGUUUCUGUUCUACAAUUAAAUUUGGUUAGUGUGUGUCCCCCCCCCCCUUUUAAGGACUGUUACAUUUUUGUAAUCAAGCUGUCUAUAGAACACAGUAGUAUCCCAUGCAUUACCAUAGCUCUGCAGUACAAAAUUUGUUCCAUGGUGAUGGAUGAGUUGGUGAUGUGUAAAUGACUUAAUGCAGUAUGGUAAGUCUAGAAAAGGAAUAUUGUGACGUCUGAACAGAUAUGACAGUUUCAUCACAAAUAUGAAGUCUUUUCCCGUAUGAAAUGAGAUUUUAAAAUUCGAUACCCCUGAUGUUUAAGAAUUCUUUUUAAAAUGCUGUAUGUUGGAUUACAUUUCAAAUUUGAUAGUUAAAACACAUUGCUACAAGUUCAGCUGAAUUAUUAAGUACCUAUCAUUCCAUCUUAAACGUGUGUCGAAUACCCAACACCAGCAAGGCUGGGCCUAAUUAGCAUUUUAUUGACAAUGUGUGUAUUUAGCCUCCGCACAGUAUAACAAUGCCAUGCACAGGCCUGUUUUUUUUCGUCCUUUUUAACACAGCAAGUGACGGCACGUGAUUACAUUAGACCGGUGUUUCUCGAUCCAGUACUCGGGGACCCACCGGCAGUCUGUCUUUGCUCCCUCCCAGCUCCCUGUAGGGACCUAGGAAACUCUGGACUGUGUGGGAGUCGCCGAGGACCGGCAUAAGAAACACUGCCUUAGACUGUGUUGUUCCUGGUACCGCGAAUCACUUUUUAAAGCCUGGAAGUAGAGCGUAAUGUUGAAAUCCCUGGAAGGGGUCUAUAAUUCAUUGUAUUAUCUGCUUUUGUUUACUUUGAAAUAAAAUCGAACUGGCGUCUAAAACCGUGGCCAUGUACUUCGGUUAUCCAAGUGCACUGCAUAACUAAAACUGCUUUGACCUUUGUUAUAAUGUCGCAUAUAGUAAAUCUUGUAAAUGAUGUAGUCUACCAGGCCCAAAAACAAUACAUGCCAAUCAGUGGGGAUUGUCAUUGUAAUAAUCAGACUGAAACUCCGUGAAUACAAUUUCGAUUCGUUGAUCUGGUAUUGCAAGUUCUAUUGCGUUGCUUUGAGCGGUCUCAUUAAAACCGCCGAGGCGGUCUGUUUAGUUUGACCCUGGAAACUAACGGUUCACACUACGAUUCUAGGGAAUAAAAUGAGUUUGUAACCUUAACUGGUCGUCCAUAUGUCGUUGAGGAUGUGCAUUGAGUACCAACGCAGUGCAUCCCAAAAUACUUCAGUUAUUUCCCAAAGGUUUCCAUGAUGCAAGAUGAACUCGGCACUACUGGAGAGAAACAUCAAGAAAGUCUGCGCCCGUAAAUAUGGACUAAAUUGGUCAGACAAUGGCACAGGGAUGAUCAUGUGAUGGAAAAUGUGUUUUGUUAUAAAAGUAUGAAAUAAAUUCCAUUUCAAGUGCA